AUGAAAUCCAUGCUAAUUGCAUUCAUCCCUGACACAUGUGAAUUUUUAUGUUCACUUAUCUAUCUAUCUAUCUAUCUAUCUAUCUAUCUAUCUAUCUAUCUAUCUAAUAAUAAUAAUAUAAAUAGUUCAUAUCUAUCUAUCUAUCUAUCUAUCUAUCUAUCUAUCUAUCUAUCUAUCUAUUCUUCUCUCACCGUCUUUCGUACACUCCAUCUUUUUUCUUCUCAACUCACGUCACAUGAACGCCGUGAUUCUGCGUCAAGAAUAUGCUUUGGCAUACCGUCCACCUCAACAUUGUUGCGCGACUGUGCCCCGGUAACCAUUCCUCUUGUCUAUUUUGUCGUGCAGCGGGCUCCAGCUGGCUUGACCCAAACCUCCUCUUCAAUCCGUAUAGAUUCAGGGCCGCGAUAUCCCAUUGUCCAUGAGUACCUCUUCAACUGGCCCACGCUCGAAAAAAAAUUCCUCCAGCUCCUUCGCAAUGAUGUCUGCCGUUACUGCUCGAAUCUCCCUCCAAAUGGCGAACCGGCCAGGGCCACAAUCUACUAUAGUCAAAUACGUUUCACCUCUAUAAUGCGUCACAACGAUCGCAGCUUCUAA